AGGUCCUGACAUUCUGGAGCGAUUAGGUUCUCGUGUCCCUGCCAUGAAUGCCUGAACGUGCCAUGGUCAUGCGAUCGCAAAGAAGACAUCCCAUGGCUGCAGAUGGAUGCUACUGAAAUCCGGGUCUACCUUCUUGUACUGGCUAGUUUUGAACUUUGUAUCAAAACUUGUGAGCUCGAGCGAGGCCGUUGAAGCUUUCUCGCUCCUCGAAGAAUCUACUCUCACUUUCCAUGCGGGCUACUUCUCCACAGCUACCAACCCUACUCUGCAACUGGAAUGCUCACAGACUGAGUGCAACGGCUGCGUGCUAAAAUGUCUGACCUGUGAACGUGAUCUUUCAGAAAAGCUUCGAUCGUCUCACUCGGUCAUCGCAGAAGUCGUCGGGUGUCAAUCAAGCUGCGGGAACUGGACUUGUUUCACAGACUAUCCAAAGCCUCACUGCGACCUGGAUAGUGUACACAUCUAUUGUGAGACCAUGGGCCACGCUAAGAAGAUGGGGCAAAUGCAAAUGAUCAAGAGAGGGAGUUGCUCGGCUCGAUACUCCCUUUUGAGCCAUAAAAACACGAAACAAGCUGCUGAUGUCUAUCGGUAUACACUGACAGCAGACGAUAACGAGAGCGGAAAUAUUCUCAAGAAAGGUAUAGCCACUAAACCCCACAGGACAAAGGCAAUCGAAGAGAGUCCUCCUUUCCGCUCCUCUCUCUCAACUUUCUCAGAGG